AUGAAUAGAAAAGAAAACAAAGAAACUAUCACUAUUGUUUGGUUCGAUUCUAAUAUUCAUUCAAACAAUAAUACAGAAAACAUCAAUGAAAAAUUACGUCAAAUUAAUGAUUAUGUUCUAUACUACGACGAGAGCGAGCCUUGUAUUAAAUAUAUUAACUCGAUUGGCAAAGAGAAAAUCUUCUUAAUUACGUCGAGUAAUAAUGCCCCUCAGAUAUUAUCUCAGAUCGACACGCUUCCACAAAUCAAUUCCAUCUUCAUAUUCGAUUUCGAUAAAAAUCAAGGCAAAGAAUUUGUUUAUCAACAUUCGAAAUUCAUUGGUAUUUAUACUGAAUUAGAUAAGUUGUACUCAUCAAUUGAAGAACAAAUUGAACUUGAUGAUGAACUAUUUCAAACAUUCAGUUUCUUUGAUCAAUCUGAAUAUGUAACACACGAUUUAUCGAAACAAACUUCUGAUUUAUUUUGGUAUCAACUUUUCAAUAAUAUUAUUUUGGAAUCAUCACAUAAUCAAUUAGCAAAGAAUGAAAUGAUCAAUUUUUGCCGUCAAUACUAUCAAGGUAACUUAAGAUACUUGAAAUUAAUUGAUGACUUUGAACGUGAAUAUCGUCCAAAUCAAGUCAUUCAAUGGUAUUUGAAAAAAUCAUUUCCCUAUGGAAUGAUUAAAAGAGCAUUACAAAUAAAAGUUAUGGAUCAACUGCAUGCAUUAAGAUAUUUCAUGUGUGAUCUUGCACAAAGUUUUACCGAUCAACAUCAGAAUAAGAUUCAAUAUGAAUGUGAAAAUUUUACUGUAUAUCGAGGUAUGAAAUUAUCGACUGAUCAAUUAGACGAAUUCAAAAAAAAUGAAGGAAAACUUCUUUUAAACAAUGGAUUCUUGACAGCAACUCGACAUCGUCCUAAUGCGCUGAAUUCGGCUCGCAAAUCAAUAAGACAAAAGAAUUUUAUUCUUGCAGUUUUCGAAAUCGAGUUAAAUGCACAAGAUUUUAACAGAACUGUUCUCUUUACUGACAUAGACAAAUGUAAUGAGUACUCGAAGCAAAAUGAUAUUCUCUUCAGUUUAGGUGUCACAUUUCGUUUGAACAAUAUUGAAUUUCAUGAAAACGUUUGGAUUAUUAAAAUGAGCAGCUCAAAUGAAGAAAAAAAUAUUCUAGAAAAAUAUAUUGAAGAUACACAUCGUCAAAUCGAUGAUCAAAGUACGGAGAUUAUAUUUGGACGUCUCAUGUUAGAUAUUGGCCAGUGGAAUCAAUCACAAAAUUAUUUUGAACGCUUAUUAAUUGAUUCGAAUAGUAUAGAUCAAUCUUGGAUACAACAUAGUCUUGGUGAAAUUCAUUAUUUGAAAUCAGAAUGGAAUAUCGCACAUAAAUAUUAUGGUCCUGCUUACGAUCAGAUGAUGGAUCCAAAACAAAUGCGUAUUAAAGAUUCAGCUCGAGUACUUUCCGACAUUGGAGAGACUCUGUUUGCACAAGGAAAAUUCGAAGAGGCCAUGAAUUAUCAUCAACGAGCAUUAGCAAUUCGAAAGGAAUAUUAUCCUUCCGAUCAUGUGCAUAUUGCUACUAGCUUUCGUAAUAUUGGUGAUGUCUUAUUUAUUCAAAACAAAUACGACGAAGCAUUUUCAUACUUGCAACAGGCACUAACAAUUUUGGAGAAAUAUUACAAGUGCUCUCAUAUAGAUAUGGGUAAGUGUCUCAUCAGCAUUGGACUGUGUUUUCGUGAGGAAAACAAUCACGAAAAAGCUCUUGAAUUUCAUCGACAAGCAAUAGAAAUCUACGAAAAAUAUUAUCCUUUGGGCCAUUUAUACAUUGCAAGGACGCUCAAUAAUAUCGCAGAUCUUCUAUAUCGACAAGAGAAAUAUUAUGAAGCUAUCAAUAUUCAUCAACGAGCGUUGUCAAUGCAAAAGAAAUGCUAUCCAUUUGAUCACAUCUAUCUCGCUAACCAUCUUUGUACGAUUGGCCUUAUUAACCAUGGAUUAAGAAAUUAUGCUUCUGCUUUGAAACUUUUUCAGCAAUCAUUGACAUUACAGCAAAAAUACUACACAUCCGGUCAUGUCGAUCUUAUAUGUGUGUUGAAUAACAUUGGUGAUACUUUGAAUAUAUUAGGAGAGUUUGAUAAUGCUAUGAAUUUUCAUCAGCAGGCACUCGCGACGUUGGAGAAAUAUUAUCCAACUUUUCAAGUCAGCAUAGCAUUCACAUUCAAUCGAAUCGGAGAAGUUCUACGCAGUCAAAAGAAAUAUGAAGAAGCUAUAUGUCAUCACAAACAAGCAUUGAUGAUGCAAAGGAACUACUAUCCAUCGGGUUAUGCCAAUAUAGCUUGCACACUUACAAACAUAGGUUAUGCAUUAUUCCAACAUGAAAAAUUUGAUGAAGCUUUAUAUCAAUAUCAACAAGCACUUGCAACACUCGAAAAAUACUGUCCAUAUGCUCUUGGUAGCAUUGCUUAUAGUUUGAACUAUAUCGGUAUUACUCUAAUUAGUCAAGAAAAGUUUGAUGAAGCCAUAGAUUAUUUUCAGAGAGCAUUGGAAAAUCAAAAGUGCUAUUAUGGUUGUGACCAUCUCACUCUUGCCGAUACCCUUACCCACAUUGGUAUGGUACUUCAUCGUCAGAAAAAAUAUGAUGACGCCAUGACAACUUAUAAAAAAGCCUUAGAAAUUCAAGAGAAAAAUUAUCCUUCAGGACAUGCCAACAUCGCCACAACGCUAAAUCAAAUCGGUUGGUUACUGUUAGGCGAAAAGAAGUAUAAUGAAGCACUUAGAUUUUAUGAACAAGUACAUUCAUUACUUAUAAACCUUGGAAGCAGUUAUCCCUCGGAUCAAUUGCAGAUGGCUAACAUUUUAAGAAACAUUGGUAACGUUCUAUAUUUACAAGAUAAAAACCAAGAGGCUGUUAUAUAUCAACAACGUGCAUUAUCGAUCGAAGAAAAAAUCUUACCACCAGAUCACACUGAAAUUGCGAGUAUAUGCAUAGAGAUUAGUCGUAGUUUGCGUAGUCAAGGUAAAUAUACUAAUGCAUGUGAGUUCGAACAACGAGCUCUAACAAUUCAAGAGAAAAUUAGUCCAUUGAAUUACUCGAAUAUAGUUGAUAGAUUGAAUAAUAUUACUAAUAUUCUCUGCGAUCAAGGAAAAUACGAUGAGGCACUAUUGUAUCAACAACGAACGUUAGGGAUACGAGAAGUACAUUAUUCGUCAGAUCAUAAAAACAUUGCGAAUGAUCUUACAAGUAUUGGAUAUCUUCGAAUGCAACUGAAACAGUAUGAUGAAGCUAUCGAAGUCUAUCAACGAGCACUUUCCAUCAGAGACAAAUUUUGUUCAACUGAUCAAGCUGAAAUCGCUAAUAAUCUAGAACGCAUCAGUUAUGUUCUAGAAAAGCAAACAAAGUACGAUGAUGCCAUCGAAUUGAAGCAAAAAGCAUUAAAAAUCUAUGAGACAUUGUAUCCAGAUGGUCAUGCUAGUACAGGUACGUGUCUUAAUUCUAUCGCACGCAUUCUCAGUCAUCAACAAAAAUAUGAUAAAGCGUUUGAAUUUCAACAACAAGCGCUGGCGAUCCGAGAAAAAUGCAGCCCAUGCAAGCAUGCGGAUAUUGGUAGUACUCUCAGUGGCAUGGGUACCACGAUGUCUUUACAAGCUAGAUACAAUGAAGCUUUUGACUUCUAUCAAAAGGCAAUUAUACACUACGAAAAAGAUUAUCCUACUGGAUAUGAGAACAUGGCCAUUACAUUGGGUAAUAUUAGUUCGAUUUUCAAGUUUCGAAGAAACUACGCUGCAGCUCUAAGUAUGCAACAGCGAGCAUUAAAAAUUCGGCAGGAAAAUUGUCCAUUUGCACACUCUACCAUUGCCAAAAAUCUCAAAGACAUGGCUGCUAUAACGCAUCAGCAAGGGAAUUAUGACGAUACUAUAAAUUUUUACCAUCAAGCGCUAUCUAUACUCGAAGAACAUUGUUCAAUGAGUCAUGUUGAAAUAGCUAGUUGUCUACACACGAUGGGGGUUAUUGCAAAUGAAAAGCAAGAUUUUGACCGUGCCAUUCAGUAUUUUGAAAGAUGUCUAUGUAUUAGAGAAACGAGUUUACCUGUAAAUGAUCCUAAAAUUGCUGAUACUCUAAUACAUUUGGGUCAAGUUCAAAGAAGUGGACAUCAUCACGAACUUUCUUUAGCAUAUGAAAUGAAUAGCUGCUUAAUGCGUAUAAAAUUUCAACAAGCGACUACAACAGAAAUUGGUCAAAGUUUUUCUCGCAUCGGUGACAAUUACGAGCAUCUCAAUGAACCUAGAUUGGCCCUUGAUUAUUACAAACGAGCAUUAGCUGUCUAUAAGAAUUGUCUACCUAUCUGGCACCGAUAUCGAUGGAACAUGGAACUCAACAUACAGCGACUCUCAAAAGGAAUAACAACAUAA